GCCAUGGAGGAAGCACUCAACCACACCGUUGAUCCAGCUUGUUUACAGGAACCCCCGCUGGCUGUGGAGGUGAUAAAAGAGCUUGAUGCGUAUGGGAUCUGCCUGUACGCCAUGCUCACCUUCAUGUCCUCCCUCUCUCUGCUGCUGUACCUGGAGCAGUGCGUCUAUGUGUACAGAAAACUGCCCUAUCCCAAGAAGACAACCAUUAUUUGGAUCAACGGUGCAGCACCGGUUAUCGCUACAAUGUCUUGUUUCGGGAUGUGGAUUCCUCGAGCAGUCAUGUUCACAGACAUGACCUCGAACUGUUAUUUUGCAGUGGUCGUGUAUAAAGUCUUGGUGCUGAUGAUAGAGGAGCUCGGGGGCAGCAAAGCUUUUCUGCAGCGAUAUUCUGGUGAGCCGUUCAAAAUCAGCACCGGGCCCUGCUGCUGCUGCUGCCGCCCCUGCUUACCCCUCGUGCCCAUGUCACGGCGAAUGCUGUUCUUGAUGAAGCUGGGCACUCUUCAGUAUGCGAUCUUAAAGACAGUGCUCUCAGUCCUCUCCAUCAUAUUGUGGACCAACGGAAAUUUUGAUCUCUCCGAUCUAGAAAUCACUGGUGCAGCUAUUUGGAUCAAUCCGUUCAUUGGCGUUCUCACCAUCACCUCCCUCUGGCCGGUUGCCAUCAUGUUCAUGCACACCUGCAGCAGACUGCGCAGCCUCAAGAUGAUACCCAAGUACGCCAUGUACCAAAUUGUGCUCAUAUUGAGUCAGCUUCAGACAUCGAUCAUUAACAUCUUGGCCUUGGAUGGAACCAUCGCCUGCGCCCCUCCCUUCUCUUCCACCGCUCGAGCAUCAAUGUUAAGUCAGCAGCUGAUGAUCUUGGAGAUGUUCCUCAUCACUCUGUUCACUCGGUUUUUGUACCGUCGCACAUACGACCCCCUUCCAGACGACACCCCCGAGGAACACGAUUACCAGGAUGUUAAACAUUUCCAGCAGGCCGAGCUGGUGGAGCACGACGUCUAGGGCCACAGACAGGAAAA